AUGUGGGUGUUCCUGAGGCUUGGCGGCGAAGCGGAGCGAAAAGCUCACCAGGCCUUUGACCCAAAAAUUAGCCCUCUUCUUCAACACGUAGGCAACUCCCUUUUUUUUUUGCGGAACACUAUAACGAUUACUGUUCUUAGAGCCAAUGCUUCCAUGUCGGUAGCACUUGGUUUCUCCCUGCGCUGUAUGCCAGCGCGGCUGGCUGCCAGGCUAGACCUCGUUCGUCUGGAGUUGGGAUGGAAUCGUGGCACUAUCUGUUCACAAGCGCAUUAUUCUAGGCGCAGAUGGGCUGGAACAAAGACGACUCAAGCCACAGAUCGGCGAUCGGCUUGUACAUGGCUAACUACGACGCCUGAGCAGCUGUCCUCAGAAGACAUUCUUUCUAGUUUUCCUACCGAAUUAUCCCGGUCAACACUGGAUUAUAUCCCUGUUCUCCUCUUUACCCCCGCUUUCGCCCAAUGGGCCGAUGCACAAGGCACGUUCUUCGAGCAAUGUCUCAGCAGAUUAUACCAGAAGACCUCGGACCGUCUACCACAAUUGCCUAUCCAUGCCGUUUGUGCCGUAAUUGAUCGCCUUCCACACUAUGCACGAGAGCAUAAUGCGUUUGGUGAAUCUGAAGGGAUAUCAAUCAUACUCGCUAGACGAGAUGAUAUUCAGGGCAAAGCCGCUACACCUCGUCAAAUCCGCUUGGCGGAGACUGAAGAACCGACGCUGCUCUUCUCGUUUCGGGAAGACAUCCGAGACCAGUCCUUACGCCAGCCCGCCCACGAGAUUGGACUGCGACUCGCAAAUACAAUCUUCUUAAAUGGAAAAGAAAACACACUAUUUGGGACAAGGUGCGCUUAUGAUACUUCUUCAAGAAGACUCAAGCUGGAGAAAUCGGUCGACCUGUCUACGUGCUCGGUCAUGAUGAGGCCCAACAGUAUUCGCAGCUCACUAGAUCUCCCACUGUACCCUGUUGGAGAGCGACGCAAGGUUAUAUCUAGCAUGGGAAACAUCCUCCGUCAGGUAGCAAAACGUGCCGACGGCAAAUCGGACGAAUCAAUGCCGGCUUCGUCCGAGUUGGAGAAGGUGCUUCCUAGGUAUAUCUCAGAAAAUGACAUUGCCGAUCGAAGGGUCACUGUUUGGGCUUUGAUUGAAAAAACGGAGAAAAGCCCCUACGCAAAAUCAAACCAUUCGCAAAGCAGUCUUGAAGAGGCAAUCCAGAACGGCGCCAAACUUCAUCGUGUUAUGAGCGGCGGAGGAGGAUGGGGGAAAAAACAGGGCCUUCUGUCACUUGACCCGGAAAUGAGCUUUGGAGAGCUUCGUGAGGAGGACAUAAAACCUCUGCAUCGACUCCUUUCAAUGGAUGAGGUAGACUCAGCAUACGAGGCUGCCCGCCCCCCGGAGUUGCCGAUGUUCCUGCAAGAUCUGUCAAAGCUGUCGCAGGCCGCAGAGCCGGGAGACUACGUUCAGUUUUUUGCCUCUGUUGCAGAGCGGGAGCUAUACUCCAACAGUAGUAUUAGCAAGCGCGAAUUCUCAGGAAACGCCGUUUCAUGCUGCUUCGGCGUGAUGUCGGACGCAGAUAUGUUGUCGAGCCACACAGUGGGCCAUAAGAAUUUGACGGUUGUGCCAAACCAUUUUGGCGCACUCUCCGAGAAAGCCAUCACGUACCUGCAGCCUCUGGCUGAAGCCAAGUCAGAUACGUUUGAGACUCAUACUAAGGUCGACGUUCCUGGAUCGCGUCUCGCUUUGAUACUCGAGUAAAGCCUUGCUGUACCAACUUGAUAGCGGUCAGACUAUGUCAUGCGUACGCGAUAGUGUAUUAUAGUAUUACAGGAUUUCAGACUCAAAUAAUCUACGUACACAUUCUAUUUAAUAGGUUGACCUUU